AUGGGUUCUUCCAGUAUGAAAAGUUUAGCGAGAUCAUACUUUUGGUGGCCAGGAAUGGAUAAAGAAAUCGAAAAUAUCACGCAAAAUUGCGACAACUGUCUUAAUGUUAGACAAAAUCCACCAAAAUCUAUUAUAUCACCGUGGAAAUGGCCAGAAAAACCGUGGACUAGAGUACAUUGUGAUUUUCUUGGACCAUUUCAAAAUAAAUAUUUUUUUAUCAUUGUUGACGCAACCACAAAAUGGUUGGAAGUAUUUCAAGUAAAUUCUAUGACAGCGCACAUUGUUAUUCAAAAAUGUUCAGAAACUAUAGCACGAUUUGGCAUUCCAAAAACAAUUACAUCAGACGGCGCAAAAUGUUUCGCAGGGUUUGAAUUUCAAGUAUUUUGCAAAAAUCUAGGCAUAAGACACAUAACAGGCGCACCAUUUCACCCAGAAUCAAACGGUUGUGCGGAAUCAGCAGUCAAAACAAUAAAAAAUUUCUUUAAAAAAUGUUCGACUGCACAAUCCCAAUUAAAUAAAUUUCUUUUAAUGUAUCGUAACACACCGCACUCUACAACACGAGAAACGCCAGCUCAGCUAAUGUUAGGUCGAUCAACACGUUUACAAUUUGACGCAUUAAUGCCGAAUACAAGUGAAGUGGUUAUCGAACGACAAAUAUCACAAAUAAACAAUGGUGGUAAAAUUAUUAAAUCCAUUAGUUGCAAUACGCAUGAUGUAAAACUCGAUGAUGGAACUAUUUGGAAAAGACAUAACGAUCAAUUACUCAUUGAUAAAUUAAUGACACCAGCGAGUAUUUCUAUUUCACGUACACCCGAUAGAAACAUAAAUGAAAGUACUGAAAAUACCGAAAUAGUAGGAGUUGUAAAUCAAAAUCCGAAUCCUACAAUAAUAAAUAAAACACCCAGACCAAUUAGAUCCAGAAAACCGCCUCAGCGAUACUCUCCAAGUGAUUAUGACUAA